ACUACAGGCUAGGUUGCGAUCGCGUCCACCAUGGGGUUUGCAUAGUGUGAUUCAUGAGAGAUCUCUAUUGGUCGUAGGGUUGCAGUGGCAGGUGGGAGAUGGGGAGAGCAGUUCGGCUCUGUCUAAGAGCUGGGUGCCUAAAAUUUAUCCCAAUCCCCGUAAUCCUUGGGUGGAUCCUUGUUGGUGGGGAGACAGUGACAAAUUUCAUUAAUGAGGACCGCAAGUAGUGUGGGGAGUGUUUGGGGAGCAGCUUCUCCCUGGGGAGUAUUCAGGCUAUCUUGGCUAUACCAUUGCCUCUGGUGGAAUUUCAGGAUCGACAAAUCUAUAUUCUGUAAAGACAGGAUAUCACCUAGCAAUGAGGUUAUAUAGGGCGAGUUCGACGUGAAAGGAGGAAGUGUCUAUUCAGGAUGCUAGAUUUUGGAAAAUGAUUUGGAAUUUCCAUAUACCUCCUAAAUUAAAGUUCUUUGUGUGGCAACUCCUACGGCGUAUGCUACCUUUGACGAGGUCUUAAGAGUUAAUGAAUGCUUAGUAUUGCCAGUGAGGGAGCUUCCUGCGAUGGGUGUAAAUGGUGGUAUGGCAGGUGGGGGAGCUCGGCGGCAUGGAGGGUUGGCAGAUCACCCUCCAUGGGUAUGUGAUGUGGAUGGGGCGAUUGCUGCUGGCUCUCAUGCUGCAGUGACCUUGGUCUUAUUUGAUGCUACAAGGGAGGUGGUUAUGGCGACAGGGCAUCAAUAUCUGGGGAUCCAUGAACCUUUUUUGGUAGAGCUGUUGGCGGUACGAGAUGUGUUUCGCUGGUGUAGUCAGAUGGGUUUCCAAGAUGUGGUGAUUCAAGGGGAUGCUAAAGUUUUUAUUUAGAAGAUAAACGACACUGAAACAAAGGAUCGGUGGGGUGGUGCUAUACUUUAGAAAGUGGGAGAGUUGGCUAAGGCGCACCCGAAUUUGGAUUUUUGUUUUGUAGGUAGGGAUCGCAAUGGGGUAGCCCAUUUGGUGGCUAAGAAGACCCUUUCUUUGUGCCCUGCGUUGUUGGGUGUGUUUGAUUUUCAUAUUUGGCUUAGGUUUGUUAUGUAAAGACUUAUAUCAGGUUGAUCUUGGUUAUACAAUGAGCUUAUGACAAAAAAAGGUUAAGGGAUAUCAAUUAAUUUACACCAAAGAAAAAAUACGAUUUAAUUUUAAUUAUUAGAAUUAGCUGAUACCUGAGAAUAUUUUUAUGAAAUAUAAUUGAAAUUUGAUU